UCCAAGAACGCAGGAAGCUUACAGAGUCAGUGGUUAGGGCACCAGAAGCAGCUAACAACAAUGGCGGAUUCUGAGAAACAAACUGGCCUCGGAGAUACCUUGAAGCCCUUCUUUCAUAGAGCCUCCGAAGCCGAGGAACGGUUGUCAAGACUCGAAGCUGCCCUAGCUACUAAGAAAGAUGCUGGAAAUGAGGAGCUUUUAAAGGUGAUUAGUGAACUUCAGUCUAAGCUUGAAGGUGCAAACGCAGAGUUAGUUUCAGAGCGCGAAAAGGCUCAGAAACUUACUGUUGAAAAUGCUAAGCUACAAUAUCGCAUUCAACAUCUUGUUUGGGCGGUUGAGGAUGCUGACCAUCAUAAAUUGGAACAAGCCAAGUGACGUGCCAUGGUGGAGGAAAUUGUUUGAGAUUUUGGCUGGAAAUACUUGAUGGUUGAACCAACUUUGGCGCACUCAAUUAUUAUGAAUGAUAGAGUUGAUGCCCUUGUUAUUUUUUCACUAUCAUUUUCAUCACUUCAGCAACCAUUGUGAUUUUAACAUAUAUUUUGCACAGUUUCACCGAAUUUUGGAGGUUGCAUUCCACUCACAAAAAGAAAAAGGUUAUAAUCAAUUAUUUUUUAUA